AUGGACCUUCGCCGUCUAUACGGCGAGGCAAGCAGAGCAUUCAACUGGGUCAAGACCCAACCACAACCGUUUACAGGCCCAGGCAAUCUGGUAGUAGCUGCAUUUUAUGACCACAAACUUCAUAAGAUAUUCUUAUCCACCAUUCUCCGAGGGAAAUACUUGGACAUGAUUGAUAAGGAAGGAGGUGAUGCCUUAGCUCCACUUUGGGCGAAAUGGCGACAGAAGAUAGGGGACGGCGAUGCAGAAGAUGGUGCAUUCUACUACAGAGAGUCAUCAUUUCGCCCUAACAUCCGUGCUGGAUUCAACUAUGGAGAUCCUGUAACAGGUAAACCAGCGGGCAGCAUGAUUGUGGCUUGGGGCGCGAGUGGUUUGAAACUCGAUAAUGUGCGUAAGGCCGGGGGGAAACCAUGGAAACUGUGUGAGGAUUGCGCCGCCGUCUCAUACGCGUUGGGUGUUAACUUUGACGAGGCCGAUCCAGCCAAGUUUGGCAAGAAUUCUCCCCGGCCUGAUCCCAACGGACGACGGCCCCCGAGCGCCCGUCCUGCAAGCCCGCCCAAUCGACCAAAUAGUCCUCCGCCCAGUCGACCAUAUAGUGCCCCGCCCCAUCGACCAAAUAGUCCCCCGCCUAAGAGUCCCCCGAUCAGCCGUAUCCCUAGGCCCGUGAAAACGCCACCCGGCAGCUCCCCUGGCAGCUCCUAUGGCAGUUCUGUCUGGGACGGCGUGAGCGGAAGUCAGUUAGACGGCGCCUCUGGAGCCAAGAGACCUGCCAACUCACCUCCAGGGUCCGGACAGCGCAAACCGAAGGGGCCGACCACUACUCCGCCUUCCAAGAUUCCCCUUCCGCACAGACCGUCGCCCAACAGUGGAUCGCCUUCGAAGAAAACCAAGCGUACUCUACGCCGGUCUCUUCGCCGACGAAGGCUCAGUGCGAGAGUAUAA